AUGGAGUUGGUUGAAGGGGAGGAAGAAGUACCUCCACCUCCAGCGGAAGCUCCACCACCAGAACCAGCCCCACCCGCGGAAGCGGCACCACCAGCAGAAGCACCCGCACCAGCACCUGCAGAUGCAGCACCCCCUGCGGAAGGAGCACCUCCGGCCGAGGGAGCACCUCCAGCCGAAGGUGCACCACCCGCCGAAGGCGCUACACCUGCAGAAGGAGCACCACCGGCAGAAGGAGCACCGCCUGCGGAAGGAGCUGCCCCACCAGCAGAUGGCGCGGCACCACCUGCAGAAGGCGCAGCACCACCGGCGGAAGGAGCCGCUCCGCCAGCAGAAGGAGCUGCCCCACCUGCGGAGGGAGCAGCACCUGCCGAAGGUGCCGCGCCCGCGGCUGAAGGAGCUGCGCCUGCUGCACCUGCAGAAGGAGCAGCACCACCAGCAGAAGGAGCUACUCCACCAGCGGGUACACCAGCACCAGGUACACCUGCAGCAGCCACUCCCGCAGCAACCACACCAACAGGAGAAGCUCCACCAAUACCAGCAGCUGAAGGUGAACAACCCGCAGCACCAGCUGCUGAUGCUGCUGCCCCUGCUGCUGAAGCUGCACCAGCAGCCGAAGCUGCUCCUGCAGUUGAAGCUGCACCCGCUGCAGAAGCCCCAGCAAGUGAACCAGCUCCAGCUGAACCUGCAGCUGAAGCACCAGCUUCUUAAAUACAACAUGGCAUAUAUAAUAUAAUCAUUAUACACAGAAUAUAUUUAAUAAUCAAACGUUCCAAUAAAUUGUGUGUCUGCUUACAUUAAAA